UUCAAUAUGUUUAAAUUUGUUGCCUUCGUUGCUUUGAUUGUUGCUGCUGCUGCCACUCCAGCUCCAGAACCAAAAGCAGAUCCAAAGGCUCAAUUGCUAGCUGCAGCUGUUAGCGCCCCAUUGGUAUCUGCUCCCUUAGCUGCUGCUCCAGUAGCUGCCGCAUACAGCGCCCCACUAGCUUAUUCUGGUUACUACGCUCCAUCCGUCUAUGCGGCUGGAUACACUGCCUACUCCCCAUAUGCUGCUUCCUACAUUGUGUAAAUUUAUGAUUUAAAUAAAUUUAUUU